AACUGCUGAAAAUUCACUGGAUGUAGAGAGGUUGGAAGGAAAGUGCCAGCUUUCUUGCCAAAGAUGAUUUUCCUAAAUAAUGAGUUAUCUCCGUGUGGCACUUCAUUACUGAAAUAACAUGUCCUGCACUCUGCAAAACCUAUCCAACAGCCGGGAUACUUGACAUGUCUGUGGUCAUUCGGAAAAGGAGCUGGGAGGACCAUGAAACUCAGUGGCUGGGAUUGUCUUCAAAUAUUGCUGUUUAUGAUGCAUUGUGUUGUCGUGGAUUUACAACAGAUCAUUUAAAAUCAACUAUGGAAGAGCAUGAAGUCUUGGCAGAGAAACAAAAAGGUGCUUAUUCCUCCUUUUCCGAAUGUUGUUCCCUUGGGCAUUAUAAUGGGGUUUUUGAAAACCAAGGACCAUUAUCGAACAAAGCUGAUGAAAAUGAUAACUUAGACAAGGAAGGUGUUGAUACGUCCUCUGACACAAGUAGGGAGGCAGUGGCUAGUUUUCCUGGAGAAGAUGAGAAACCAAAUUUCUCAGAAUAUGCCAUUGUCCAGUACGGUGAAGAAGAUGUCUCUGUUAAUAAGAAUGUAGAGGAAAAUGGCAAAUAUGAGGAGACUGAAAAAUGUGAAGCAGACACUAUCCAUGUAGCCAAACAGCCUGCAAAAGGGGUUCAGAAGGACACUAAUAACAAAAACAACCAAGACAGUUUGAAAGAAUCCGACUUUAUAAUAGAUGCAACAAAAGAGAUAUUAUGUAAACAUACAGAUGUGGAGGAAAUUGUUACGUCUGGUGAGCAGCUGCUACAGUCUGCUGUAAUUGCACAACAACGGAGAAAAUUUGAUGCUUCUAAAGAUGUGCAUGAAAAAAAGAUCUAUGAUGUGGUGCUUGAUGAUAGCCAUUGUGGUCCGUGCUCUGCUGUUUGUAGUCAAAUAUCUGAAACUGGUCUCCAAAGCGGCUUUAAUGGGUCUCAUCUCUGUCCAAAUGGAGUCUUAAAAGAAAAUUGUGUGCAGAAUAUCGAGCUUAAGGGUUCAAAUAAUCCAAAGAAGAACCCAAGGGUUAUAAAACCAGAGUUUGCACAGUGUUUACAGUUCAAAGAUAAUGGGACUAGCAGCGCUUCAGGAUAUGGCCAUGUUCGACUUCGAAGAAAAAAGAAAUUAAGAGAUGAACGAUCAAGACUGGACUCAAUGGUGUUGCUUUUAAUGAAACUGGACCAGCUAGACCAAGACAUAGAAAAUGCUCUCAUUACCCCAUCUCCACCAGACCAAGCGACAGGCAGUAGUGGGAACAACCCUCAAGAGACUCAAGAUGGUACAGAGGAUGUAGUAGAUCCUGCUUCUGUUGGCCAUUCUCUAAAGAACGUCUCACAAACUGUGGCUACCGACUGGGCGUCAUAUCCAGGCUUUGUAAAUGGAGCCAAGCCAAGGAUGUCUACACAGUUUAGUUGGGAGACACUCCUGGUAAAUGCUUGCUUUGUAAGUGUUGCUUGUAAUGCAAACAGUGACCUACCUCCAUAUCAGUAA